CAAAACCCAUCUCGAACAUCCUCGAGCGCAUGCCUUCAUGAUCGUCUCGGAUUCACCCAAGAUUCGCCGUACAUUGGCGUCUGCAUCUCAGUCUCUCUGCUUCCAAUGACGAAAGACUUUCCUUAUCGGACGGCAUAUCAGCAGAGACUAGAGCCGUAAGGAGGACUCGGACACUCUCGGAGCGGGGCAGCGCAGUGAGCAUGACCAUUGCGCAGAUGGAAAGGCGACACAUCAUCCUCCCGUUACGUCUACUCAGAGUACAUUUCUGUUCCCGGAGAUCACAGGUGCGCGGUCGAAAGCGACCGGUCUGCACCAAUUUUCUCUGCACAAUCUCGAGAUUGGGAGCGACUGUCCUCGGAAUCCCCGUGCGUGCGGAGGAGCCGAGACAAGAUAAAGCGGGAGUGCGGAUGGCCUGCCUCCCAGUUUCGCCCACCCUCCUCCUCGCGACACCCACCUUGCCCACGGCGUGUACUGCUCGUAGUGCGUAUGCCCCGAAACGACGAUGAGAGACUCGAUGAGACCACGGUGCUCCUGCCCGCGAAGGAGCCCAAGCCCAUGACGCCGCUCCCCAAGCUGCAGAUCGGGAUCCUCCUCCUCGUCCAGCUCGCGGAGCCCAUCACAUCCCAAUGCAUAUACCCGUUCAUCAACCAGCUUGUGAGCGAACUGGACAUUACGGGUGGGGAUGAGAGGAAGGUUGGAUACUAUGCCGGGUUAAUUGAAUCCGUCUUCUUCCUGACCGAGGCAAUGUUCGUCCUUCAAUGGUCGCGCAUCUCAGACUACAUUGGGCGCAAGCCUGUCCUUCUGACAGGCAUGGCCGGCCUCUGCGUCUCGAUGAUAUGCUUCGGGCUUUCCAGAACGUUCCUGCACUUGAUCCUCAGUCGUUGCUUGGUCGGAGCACUCAAUGGCAACAUCGGUGUCAUGAAGAGCAUGAUGGGAGAAUUGACCGAUUCGACCAACAUGGCGCAGGGCUUCUCCCUCAUGCCCGUUGUGUGGUCCGCUGGGUCAACCUUGGGUCCCAUGAUCGGUGGGCAACUUGCAAAACCCCACGACAGAUGGCCGAACGUCUUCACGGCUCGCAUAUGGUCGCAGUAUCCCUACCUGCUCCCUUGUGCCGUCUCCUCUGCCUUUUCCGCAUUCACGUUCGUGAUUGUCUCUGUAUUCCUGAAGGAAACAGUGCAGCGGAGGCAAAUCAAAAAGAAAUCCGUCCGCAUCCUUGUACAAGCCGAAGAAGACCCUCUCUUGCGUGAAGAGUCACUCGAAAACCCCGCCACAUUGCGCUCGCUCAUGGUCCGCCCCGUGCUUCUCUCGGUCGCGAACUAUGGCACGCUCUGCCUGCUCGACAUCGCCUACCGCGCGAUCCAGCCGCUCUUCCUCAGCACGCCCAUCGCUCUCGGCGGUCUCGGCUUCACGCCCGCCACAAUCGGACUCGUGCUUGGAAUCUACGGGCUUAUGAACGGCUCCCUGCAGGCCAUGUUCUUCGCGCGCGUCGUCCGGCGGUGGGGCCCCAAACGCGUCUUCAUGGCGGGCAUGGCGUGUUUCGUGCCGCUGUUUGGGAUGUUCCCCGUGAUCAACGCGCUCGCGCGGGCGAACGGCGUGACGGGUAUCGUGUGGGCCGCAAUCGUCCUGCAGCUCGCGAUCUCGGUGCUCAUGGACAUGUCCUUCGGCUGCUCCUUCAUGUUCGUGACGACUUCCGCCCCGAACAGACGGUCGCUGGGCGCGACGAACGGCGUCGCGCAGGUCGUCGCGGCGCUCCUGCGUGCAGCAGGCCCCGCGCCUGCGACGUCGCUCUUCGCGCUCUCCCUCGAGCACAACUGGCUUGGCGGCGGCGCAGUGUACGCCGUGCUCAUGUUGCUGUCGUGUUUGUUGUGGCUUGUGGCGCUUCCGCUGCCAUAUGAGUCCUGGUCGAAGGACUGGUGA